AUGGCGGGAUCUCUGGCAAUUGUACGGAUCGAAGACGCACAGGACCUGGUGGCCGCCGUUAGCGACCAGUGGGAGAUUCAAUUUGCUCGCUUCUUCGGCUACCCUCCUCUCUCCUCCUCUUGUCCCGAUCGCUCUCCUCUCCUUUCCAAAGUCCGGAAACGUCGUCCCCACGGCACUUGGAUCUCCUCCUCUUCCUCCGCCUUCCUACGACUCGUCAACGAUCACUCCAAUUCCGAUGUCAUCCUCACCGUAUCUUUGAGAGGAAAGAUCCUUGAACAACACUACGUAUCGAAGCUGCACUUCUCCUGGCCUCACGUGUCAUGCGUCUCUGGAUUUCCUGCCAGGGGUACGAGAUCUGUUUUUGUGAGCUACGGGGAUCAAGAGAUCCAAAAGUUUGCUUUGCGAUUUUCAACGACAUGUGAAACAGAGAUAUUCAUAAAUGCUUUGAAGGAGAUCUUGAAUGAUGUCGGCGAUAUUGCACCUUUAAAUAAUGACCUUGGAUCUGAAAUCUUAUCACAAACUGAGUUGGUGUCUUCUAACCGACACUCCAAUAGAGCUUGUGAGGAAUUGAGUUUUAUGCCUCCCGAGCAAACUUAUACUCCACAAAUGUCACCAAGCUCAAACAAUGAAAUUGAGCAACACUCAUCUAACCAUGAAAAGGAUACUGCAUUUCGUCAUGAUUUUGAAGAAACUGUUGCAGCAUUACCGCCCAGCUUUACAUCAUUGCUGACCAACUGUUGCUCUGAAGUCAACCAGGCCCAAUCAACUGUUUGCAAGGAAGCUGAUCUCAAAUCCCAAAUUGUGAAAUACAUGGAGGAUUCUGCCUUCCAAGAUAUGUUGAUUACAGUGGAGAAAGUUAUCAGCGAAAUGGGAGGUGAUUUGACCCUGUAGGGCUUUGCAUGUGAUGUCUAGAGAAUAACGCGCCUUUCAUUGAACUCCCCAGCCAUGAGCUGGUGUUUGCCUCAAACAGGCUAAAGCUAAAUCCCCUGUUCAUUCUCUGACAGUUAGCCUUCUGUUUUCCUUUGUUGUU